AUGUCGCCCACAAUUUGGAUCGCAACACUCCUUUAUUGGUUCGCCUUCCAAACCCGCAAAUCAGUCGCAGCGCCGCCAGGCGUAGGGGCUCUCGACGACCGAGCCCAGCUUCCGGAUGGUUUCCAUUCUCCUCCGUACUAUCCCGCUCCCAAGGGGGGCUGGGUGCCGGAAUGGGAAGAGGCUUAUUCCAAAGCCCAUACCGUCGUUUCCAAGAUGACCUUGGCCGAAAAGGUGAAUCUCACCACUGGAACGGGAUUCUUCAUGGGCCCCUGCGUGGGCCAGACUGGAAGCGCCCUUAGGUUUGGAAUUCCAAGACUCUGUCUGCAGGACGGCCCGCUGGGACUUCGAAAUACAGAUCACAACACUGCUUUCCCGGCAGGCAUUUCGGUGGGAGCUACAUUUGACAAGAAGCUUAUGUAUGAGCGAGGCUGUGCUAUGGGGGAGGAAUUUCGUGGAAAGGGCGCAAAUGUUCAUCUAGGACCCAGCGUUGGACCGCUUGGCCGUAAACCCCGUGGUGGACGAAACUGGGAAGGGUUUGGGUCGGAUCCCUCACUCCAAGCUAUCGCUGCCGCCGAGACGAUCAAAGGUGUCCAGAGCAAGGGUGUCAUCGCCACGAUCAAGCAUCUAGUAGGAAACGAGCAAGAGAUGUAUAGAAUGACUAACAUUGUACAACGAGCGUACUCUGCGAACAUAGAUGACCGAACGAUGCACGAACUUUACCUGUGGCCUUUUGCUGAAUCUGUUAGAGCGGGAGUGGGAGCUGUCAUGAUGGCUUACAACGAUGUAAACGGAUCGGCUAGCUGUCAAAAUAGCAAGCUUAUCAACGGCAUCUUAAAGGAUGAACUCGGCUUCCAGGGUUUUGUUAUGACCGACUGGUAUGCUCAGAUUGGAGGUGUCUCUUCCGCCCUGGCCGGUUUGGACAUGAGCAUGCCUGGAGAUGGUUCUGUACCCUUAUCAGGCACUAGCUUUUGGGCAUCGGAACUUUCGCGUUCUAUUCUGAAUGGGACAGUACCUCUGGAUCGUCUUAAUGAUAUGGUGACAAGGAUAGUUGCAACCUGGUUCAAAUUUGGGCAAGACAAAGAUUUUCCUCUGCCAAACUUCUCCUCCUACACGCAAAAUGCUAAAGGGCUGCUCUACCCUGGAGCACUAUUUUCUCCCCUCGGAGUUGUGAACCAGUUCGUUAACGUUCAGGCUGACCACCACAAAUUGGCUCGAGUCAUUGCUCGGGAGUCCAUUACUUUGUUGAAGAAUGAGGACAAUCUGCUGCCGCUCGACCCGAAUCGCGCCAUAAAAGUAUUCGGAACAGAUGCCGGCACCAACCCCAGGGGUAUUAAUGCCUGUCCCGAUAAAGGUUGCAACAAAGGCGUAUUAACGAUGGGAUGGGGGAGUGGAACUUCUAACUUGCCUUACCUUGUCACGCCUGAGGAUGCAAUCAGAAACAUCUCCAAGAACGCAGAGUUCCACAUUACGGACAAAUUUCCUAACAAUGUCCAACCCGGACCGGAUGAUGUUGCCAUUGUCUUUGUGAACGCAGACUCAGGCGAAAAUUAUAUCAUUGUUGAAAGUAACCCAGGAGACCGAACAGUAGCACAGAUGAAACUCUGGCAUAACGGAGACGAACUUAUCGAAUCUGCAGCGAAGAAAUUCUCAAACGUGGUUGUCGUCGUUCAUACCGUCGGCCCAAUUAUCAUGGAGAAGUGGAUUGACCUUCCUUCGGUCAAGAGUGUCCUGUUUGCCCAUCUUCCAGGACAAGAAGCUGGAAAUUCUGUUGCUGAUAUCUUGUUUGGAGACUUCAGUCCGAGUGGCCGCCUCCCAUAUACGAUACCGAAAGCAGAAUCGGAUUAUCCGAAUAGCGUGUCUCUUAUCAACCAACCUUUCGGCCAAAUCCAGGACACUUUCACAGAAGGGCUGUUCAUCGACUAUCGGCAUUUCCAAAAAGAAAACAUUACUCCUCGAUAUCAUUUUGGUUAUGGUCUUUCGUACACAACAUUUAAUUUCACAGAGCCGCGUCUGGAGAGCGUUACUACACUUAGCGAGUAUCCUCCCGCCCGCAAACCGAAAGGCAGGACACCGACAUACUCCAACGAUAUCCCACCUGCUUCAGAAGUGGCCUGGCCUAAAAACUUUGACAGGAUCUGGCGCUAUCUCUACCCGUAUCUCGACAACCCGUCGGCUAUCAAGCCAAAGCCAGGAUACCCAUAUCCCGAAGGCUAUACAACCAAACCUCAACCUGAUCCUCGCGCUGGUGGGUCCGAAGGCGGUAACCCGGCGCUAUGGGAUGUCGCCUUCUCGGUUUCCAUUAAAGCUACUAAUACUGGAAAGAAACCUGGUCGUGCCGUUGCUCAAUUAUACGUGGAACUUCCCACUGGUGACGAACAUCCUACCCCGAAAUUACAGCUCAGACAGUUCGAAAAGACAGCUACGUUGGAACCUGGACAGAGUGAAGUCCUGAAGAUGGAGAUUACAAGAAAGGAUGUGAGUAUCUGGGAUACGAUGGUUCAGGAUUGGAAGGUCCCUGCAACUGGAAAGGGGAUAAAGCUUUGGAUUGGGGCAAGUGUUGGAGACCUAAAAGCUGUAUGCGAGACGGGGAAGGGAAAGAGUUGCCAUGUUUUGAAUUAG